AUGAGAAGCUCCUCAGCGCUCGCAGCAGGUCCUGUGAAUUUUUUAAGAUUAGCAGAUAUGGAUUUGGAUACCCUCGAAGUUGUCCAUAGCUCCGUAUUUGAGAAAAUUUUGCAGAUUGAUGAUCUGCUCAUAAAUAGAUCGGUCCGCACUCAUGAGAACGUUUUUCAUAGAACCGCGGAAGUACAUGACCGAUCCUCUUUCAACGCGCAGCUGCUUCGCUUGCGACUGCAGGCACGUGCAGCCUCCAUGCUUGCGGAGUUCUGCCACGAGGGACCUCCAGCCAAUGCAGCUGAACAGAACGUGCUCGGCCAAGAUCAUUGGAAGGAUCUGCCACCGAAUCGAAACGAAGCUGUCCCCGGACAUCUGAACGUUGCUCAUCGGACGCCUGACGUUGACGAGAGCUGCUCCAUGAACAUGAUUUUGUUUCGUUUGAAGAAGCAAGUUCAUGCAGCCUCAAUUCUGGCGGACGUGUGUCACCAGGGACCUCCAGCCAAUGAAAAUGAACAAAUUGCUCUGACGGAGAUUGAGCGUAUGCUCCACUCAAUACAGGAGGUGAUAUCUCCCGUCUCAUCGCUGGCAGGAUCAGGGACGGAAUCGGACUCAGAAGCCAUGAUGUAA